CACGAAGCUCCCGACAGCCUAAUGGCAGCUACGGCUCGAGGUCUCAUCCUCUCCCGCGUAAUUUCCCUUUCGUCGCCGGAACCUCUCCGCCCUUCACUUUCCCGCCUGGUAACCGCCACCAACCUUCCCAACCGAGCUACCAUACCCGCCACAUCUUCCACGAGGCCCGCUACAGUCACCGUCAGCUGCCUGAGCGGCGGCGGAGUGUCCGACGACUUCGUUUCGACCCAAAAAUCGAAUUUGGAUCGUGGGUUCUUGGUGAUUGCUAAUAUGUUGAAGCACAUCGAACCCCUCGAUACAUCUGUUAUCUCCAAGGGAGUUUCCGAUUCGGCCAAGGAUUCCAUGAAGCAGACCAUUUCCACCAUGCUAGGCCUUCUUCCAUCCGAUCACUUCGCCGUUUCUAUUUCCCUCUCCAAAAACCCCUUUCGUCGCCUCCUCUUUUCCUCCAUUAUUACUGGAUACACGUUGUGGAACGCAGAGUACAGGAUUUCAUUGACGAGAAAUUGGGACAUACCGGUGGAGAGAGGGAAGGGGUUUUCAAAGCAGAGUGAAGUUUUGGAAGAAAAGAGUGAGGGAGGAGAGCUAGGGGUUGGUAGUAUCGAUGAGUUGGAGGGGGUAAGACCCCAGAUUUUUGGAGAUUUGUCACCGGAGGCAUUGAAUUACAUUCAGAAGUUGCAAUCCGAGCUGUCUGAAGCGGAAGAGGAACUGAAUGCCAAAAAGAAGGAAAACAUGCAAAUAGAAUAUGAAAGAGGAAGCAGGAAUGACUUGUUAGAAUAUUUGCGAUCCUUGGAUGCUGACAUGGUGACUGAAUUAUCCCAACCAUCAUCGUUAGAGGUGGAGGAAAUAACACACCAGCUUGUUCAGAACAUAGUGCACCGAUUUUUCAAGGAUGAGGUUACCUCUAACUUUAGGGGAGAGACAAUCACAGAGAAUAUGGAGAAUCAUCAAGAUGCUGAUGAUGAAAAUUUUGGCACAAUAGGAACUUCUCGUGAUUACCUUGCAAAGCUGCUUUUCUGGUGUAUGCUAAUGGGUCAUCAUUUGAGAGGGUUGGAGAACAGACUGCAUUUAAGCUGUGCUGUUGGGUUGUUGUAAUCUUAUGAGUGAUGUUUAUUCUUCCUUUUUGCUCUUUUCUCAUAUAAUUAACCUGUAUUACUUUAUUUUCUACAGGAAAGAAACAGUGGUGAUUAUAAGUGUUCAAUUCUGUAUUUCAGUGCCUACCCCACUUCGUCAUUCUUAUUCUUUGUAGAGAAAUAGUUUUGGAUAACACGGUGCAUCCUCUCAAACUACUUAUAAAACAGUAUGAGUGUA